ACAUAGUAUUUCAUAAUAGAUCCCCUUGUGAUAGGCAAGUGAAGGCAACAUCUUUUAUGAGCUUGGUUUGACUGUUUUUCUGUGGUUGGUUUGUGGCCUUUAAUGUUUUGUCAUCCUGUACCAGCUGCAACUGGCCACUCUUAUGGAGACAUUGAAGCUUGCAGCACCCCACUACAUCCGUUGUGUGAAGCCAAACAUGCAAUUGAAGCCACAGAUCUUUGAGAACAAGAACGUUCUUCAACAGCUUCGUUGUAGUGGUGUAUUGGAGGCUGUCCGAAUCAGCUGUGCAGGGUUCCCUACACGCCGCACUUUCGAGGAGUUCCUUGAUAGGUUUGGAUUGCUGCAUCCUGAAGUACUCAUAGAAAGUGCGGAUGAGAAAGUGGCUUGCCAAAAUCUCUUGGAGAAGUGCAACCUCAAGGGCUAUCAGAUUGGCAAGACAAAGGUGUUCCUACGGGCAGGGCAGAUGGCUAUUUUGGAUACAAAGAGGUCAAAUGUGCUCAAUGAGGCUGCAGUCAAGAUCCAGCACAUGGUUCAGAGUUUCCUGAUGCGUAAAGACUAUGAGAGAAUGAAGAGUGCAUCUCUGUUGGUGCAGGCAUACUGGAGAGGGACAAUGGCAAGACUGGAGUUCAGAUUCCUCCGGGAGCAGGUCUCAGCAGUUUGUUUCCAAAGUGCCACGACAGCAGUGCCACAUCAGCAGUGCCACGUCAGCAGUGCCUUGUCAGCAGUGCCACGUCAGCAGUGCCACAUCAGCAGUGUCACGUCAGUCACAGUGCCACGUCAGCAGUGCCAUGUUAGCAGUGCCAUGUCAGCAGUGCCACGUCAGCAACUGUGCUACGUCGGCAACAGUGCCACAUCAGCGACAGUGCCACCUGAGGAACAGCGCCAGCUGGCAGCCGAGGCUGUCCGCCUACAGGCUGAAGCGGCGGCAACAGCUGAGAAGCAGCGGCUUCAGGCCGAAGCAGACGCAGAUACCCAGGCACGCCGCAAGGAAGCCCAGGAUCUGCUACAGCGGCAUGAAGCCACUAGCAUCGAAAAGCUCAAGUUUUGGCACUUUGAACCAUCCGAGGAUGCAGCACGGGCACUUGGUUCCCGUGUACAGGACUUGGAGCAAACUGCACCAAAACCGGAGGCUGGCGAGUCCAGCACUGCACCCUCUGCCCACCAACUGGAGGAACGAGUUGAUCACGUAGUCACAAUGCUCGGCGACAUCAGUACCUUCGUUGCACCAGCCACCAUCAGCAAUCAGCUGGACACCUUGAAGUCCGAGGUUCAGGAACUGCACCAGCUGCCUAACAAGGAUAGCAACGCCGUGCAGCACUACAAGAUGCCGACAUUCCAAAUCGAGAAGUUCGAUGAUUAUACGCAUCAAGACCCGAUCUGGUUGAGCGACCUGGCAACCGUCCACGGCGUCGACGUCGCAGAUCUGAAAGACAAGAUCUCUUGGGAAGAGUUAACACGACUAUGGAAGAAGCGGUUCAUCGUGGACGACGCCCCGACGCUCGCCAUCAACCGCCUCUUCAGCAUGACGCAAGGCAACACAUCGACACGUGACUGGCUCACGGAAUGGCAGAAGAUCGCGGCAACGCCCGAUCUUGAAUUGCCAUUUUCGCAUCUGCGCCGCGAGUUCUACAACCGGUCAUGUGCCGCCUUGAGCCUUGCACUUGGUGAUCGCGAGCCAUACGCGACCUUCGCCGAAAUCAUCGACAAGGCAAGGGAGAUCAUCAAGACCAAUAGGGCAGCUGCACAUGAGAAAUCAGCAUGGCAGCCAACCUAUGUGGAGAAGGUGAAAACUGGUCCGCGGCCGCAGCAUGUCGUUGCAGUCCAAUCGGACAACAUUGUGGAAGACCCGGCAGCCACCCAAGCGUCACGUGAGGGAGAUCAGGUGGCUGAUGUCCAGCCGCGAAGCAUCAACAAGUCCCGAGGAAACGGGAAGGCGAAAAUCGCAUCGCCGGCCGGAAACGGACAGCCAACACCAUGGGUCAAGUUUUACUUGACUGAGGCAGAAUACAAGUGGCACGACCGCUACGGCUGCUGCAAUUGGUGCAACAACACCAAGCACAAGACCUCCCAAUGCCCGGAUAAAGGCAAGGAGGAUGUUCGGCCUCUACCAACUCCGUUGAUGGACGCCGGAGUAGAGGUUGUCGACCUUCACGCCUACAUUGCGAAGAUCGACCGCGAGUUCAAGAGACAACGAAGGCGGUUGUGCAUCGAUUAUCGCAAGCUCAACACGCAAACGAUCAGAAACGCCGUCCCUCUUCCACGCAUCGAUGACCUUCUCGAACGACUGGGCGGCGCCAAGUUCUUCUCCAAGCUCGACCUCAAGUCGGGAUAUCACCAACUCGAGAUUCGGAAGGAGGACCGCUACAAGACCUCGUUUAAGACGCGAUAUGGGCAUUUCGAAUGGCUGGUUAUGCCAUUUGGCCUUACGAAUGCCCCGACCGCUUUCCAAGCGGCUAUGACAACGGAGUCCCGACACGUGCUGGAUCGAUUCGUACUUAUCUACCUCGACGACAUCCUGGUGUACAGCCGGAGUUUGGACGAGCAUGUGGAACACCUGCGCAUCGUUUUGGAGCGGCUACGACAAGCCAAGUACAAAGCCAACUGCGACAAAUGCGAAUUCGCGCGGCAGGAGCUCGAGUACUUGCGACAUUAUGUGACGCCGCAAGGCAUCCGCCCGCUUGCGGACAAGAUCAAGGCCCUUCGCGUACGGCCCGAGCCCACGAACACCACGGACCUUCGUUCAUUCAUGGGGUUGGCGGGUUACUAUCAGCGAUUCAUCACCGGAUACUCAAGGAUUGUUGCACCUAUGACGAGAUUACAAUCGCCAAAGGUGCCAUUCGUAUUCGAUGACGACGCACGCCGGUCAUUCCAAGCACUUAAGACGGCCAUGCUCAUGGCGCCCGUCCUUAGCAUGUAUGACCCCACCCUGCCUACGAGGGUGACAACUGACCCUUCCGGCUAUGGCAUUGGGGCAGUCUUGGAACAACACGACGGCGACGACUGGCACCCUGUGGAGUAUUUCAGCAACAAAGUGCCUCCCAUCAAUUCGCUUGAUGAUGCAAGGAAGAAGGAGCUGCUUGCGUUCGUGAUGACUCUCAAGCGAUGGCGGCACUUCCUCCUUGGGCGUCGUAGGUUCACAUGGGUCACGGACAACAACCCAUUGACCUACUACAAGACGCAGGAUACAGUGAGCAGCACGAUCGGACGAUGGAUGUACUUCAUUGACCGAUUUGGCUUCACAUUGAAACAUCUCCCCGGCCUCUCCAACUACGCACCAGAUGCACUCUCGCGAAGAUCUGAUCUUUGCGCUAUGACAUAUCAUGCCUUCGCAUUCGAUGCACUCUCGCGAAGAUCUGAUCUUUGCGCUAUGACAUAUCAUGCCUUCGCAUUCGACAAGGAACUUCAACAACACUUCAUCCGGGGCUAUGAGUCGGAUCCGCAUUUUGCCACGUUCUAUGCACAGCUAUCUUCGGAUCACCCGCCGGCCAGCCACUCGAGAGGCAAGGACUUAUUGUUUUGUCGACGAAUCAAGCCCCGCAAUCGCAAUCCCUACGGCGAGUUGCGCCCGAUGCCUAUCCCACGGGAACCCGGCCUCUCCAUUGCCAUGGAUGUCACCAGACCAUUUCCCCGGGAUCGCCUCGGGCACGACGGCAUGCUCACGGUUGUGGACCGUUUGAGUAAGUAUGCGCGUUUUCUCCCUUGCAAGUACUACUCCACGGCUCCCGAGCUGGCACGCCUCUUGCACACCGGUUGGAUUUGCGGCCACGGUGUACCGGAAGACAUAGUCAGCGACCGCGACACUUGCUUCAUGUCGACAUUUUGGACUGCUCUCAUGCAGGAGUCCGACACGAAGAUGAAACCAAGUUCGGCUCGGCAUCCACUGAUGGACGGGCAAACGGAGUGGGCACAUCAAACCGCUCAAAUGAUGCUUCGUACGCUCAUCCUUCCGGACCAGAAAGAUUGGGUUGACCGCCUCCCCGACAUUGAGUUCACCUACAACACUUCGGUGCACCCGGCGAUCGGCGUGACUCCAUUCGCGUUGCACAACGGUGGACGGAAAGGCCGUAUCUUCGCCGACCUUCUCCUCCCACGACCAGCCGACAUCGACGCCGCUUGCUCUCCCGCUUUCGUCCGGAAGUACAGGGAAUUGCUGGCUCAAGCCCGCGCGAAUAUGCAAAAGGCUCAAGUUCGCAUGCAGCAGCAAGCCAACAGGCGUCGCGUGCCAUGUCCCAUCCGCGCCGGUGAUCUGGUUUGGGUCUUCGCGGAAGAGUUUGCACUGGAACAGGAUGUUUCACGCAAAUUGCUUCCCAAGUGGUUUGGACCAUGGCCCGUAACAUCAGCCGCGGGCGAUGAGCCUGAUGGUCCUUCAUUUGUGAUCAACAUCCCCCCGCAUCUGAUGGUCCAUCCAGUCUUUCACGCCUCGAAGCUGGUAACAUAUACGCCAGCUAAGAGCGACGACUUCCCGGGCCGACGAUCGCAGGACCCUCCAUCUAUGGAUGGUCAUCAGGAAGCUGACGGCGUCAUCACGGAUCGCAAGUACGACAGUAAGCCUCAACAGUACAAAGUUACAUUCAAAGCACACUCGGUGGAUUUUAGGAACAGAUUUGAAAGCAUCCGCACCGCUGAUCUACGCUCACUACGAGCGACAAAGAUUAGCUCAGGGACCUUCACGACCUGCCCCUCCCACCCGGACUGUGGUCCCUCCCUCAGACAGACAGCUUCGCCCUCGCAGUCGAAGUGGCGCAGCUAUGUUGCAUUCAGGAGCUAUGAUGAGCUGUUGAGGUCAUGUAUAGUCUUCCAAGGUGCCUGGCGAUGCAAGGAGGCAAGAAGUGAGAUCAAGAAGCUUCGACAGGCCGCCCGUGAAACUGGUGCUUUGCGUGAGGCAAAGAACAGACUGGAGAAGAAGUGUGAGGAGCUCACAUUGCGUCUUGGGCUGGCAAAGGUGAGCCUUAUUGCAAGGAACAGUGAGCUGGCCAAAUUGCAGUCGGCGAUGGAGGAAGCGAAGGCACAGGUGGAGCAAAUGAAGAUGUUAGUGGCGAAGGAGCGCAAGGGACAUGAGGCAGACUUAGCUCAGGCAAAGGUCGCUGCAGCUCAGCUUUUGGAUGCCAAAAUGUCUGCACAGCCAUCCAAAGAGGUCCUGGAUAAAAUUGAGGCACUGAGUGAGGAGAACACGAAACUCAAGAAACUUGUCGAAGACUAUGAGAAGAAGAAGGCACUGGCAGAGAGUUCUGCGAAAAGGAUAGAGGAGGCAGAUUUGAAGCGUGAUGCUAUGCAGGAAUUACUGAGCAGAUCGGAGGAGCAAGUUCAAAAUUUGAUAUCAGAGAACCAGAGCCUGCAAUCGGAGAAAGAGAAUUUACAAUCGGAGAAUCGGAUUUUGAGGCAGCAGGCAUUGAACAUGAAAGAUCUGGAGUCUGAGAACCAGGACUUGCAAAGGAACUUGACGCAUUUAGAAACCAACAGCCAGGCCCUGAGAGCUGAGAACGAGACACUCAAACAACAGCUAGAACAGUUGACUUCAAAAGGUGGUACAGCCGUAAAGAUAGGACAACCUGCAGUCACUCCGGUCUUCAUCCGCCACGAAACAACGUUUAAAGCACUGGACAAGAAGAUCGCUACACUGCAGGCCGAGAUCAGCACACUACAGGCCGCCAACAGCCAGCAGCAGACAAUCAACGGCCAGCUGCAGAACGAUGUCAGCACAGGGUUGGCACGACUAUCGGCAGCUGCGUCGGCGGGCAGCGCAGUAGCAGACUGCAGCCCAGCCUUGGCCGCGCAGGCCAAGCAACUCGAGGAGCGGAUCAACCACGUGGUCGCAUCCCUCGGCGACAUCAGCAAGUUUGUUGGAGCGUUGACAGUCAGCAAUCAGCUGCAGACGCUCAGCGACCGCGUUCAGCAACGACCGGCCGCCGUCGCCAAGGAAUGGAAGAUGCCGAACUUCAAGAUCGAGAAGUUCGACGACUACCACAAGACUGAUCCGCUACAAUGGUGGAUGGCAUUCAACGCAGAGGCGGACGUACACCACACCCCACCACUGCGGCGGCUUGACGCACUCUACCUCCAACCCGGUUCAUGGUCAACAACGACAAGUCGCCUUGAACAAGAUCUUCCGCAUGUUUCAAGGCCAGCAACCUUCACGGGAGUGGCUGACGGAGUGGCAAAGACUCGUCGCCACCCCGGAGUUGAACUUAUCGUUCGAUGCAAUCCGGGCCGAAUUCUUCGCUCGGUCAUGCGACGCCUUGACAGCUGCUCUGGCAGCGAAUUCCAGUAUGAGACCUUUGAUGGCAUGAUCUCAAAGGCAAGGGAGCUCAUACAAGUACCACCUUCGUCGACAGACGGCGGAGUAGCGGUUGUUGACCUUCGUAGCUAUCUUGCGAAGAUCGACCGUGAGCACGCAACGCAACGGUACGUCGACAUCGACGUGCCGCUCCUCUACAUCCGCAUUCAGAUCGGAAAGGUGACCUGUAGUGCCUUGAUCGAUUGUGGAGCGUCUCGCAACUACAUCAGCCAAGACUUCAUGGCACGCGCCGGGCUUGGCCCGCGCGUUCGAAGGAAAAGUCAGCCUACGCACGUCACGUUGGUCGAUGGUCACACGCAAAAGUCAAUCGACCGAUGCGUUGACUCGGUGGCCGUGUACUUUGCCCCGCUAGCAUGCGAGGCCGUGUCAUUCGACAUAUUGGACACUAAGUUCGAUAUGAUCUUAGGCAUGUCGUGGCUGCAAAGCGAAGACCAUCCGGUGAACUUCUAUCGACGCACCGUUCACGUUCGUGAUCGGCGAGGCGAAUUAGUUCCGUGUACGGUGCCGCUUUCUCAUCCUUCGAUUGUUUGUCACUUGGUCUCCGCGGCGAGCAUUCGCCAAUCCAUCCGGCGGAACGACAUCGAGGAAAUGGGCAUAUGUUUUCUUCACGCCCUCCCACCCGGUGAUCAGCCCAAGACGGAUACGUCGGACCCACGCAUCAUUGAGCUGUUGGACAACUAUGAGGAUGUCUUCCAAGCUCCCGCCGGAGUAAUACAGGAUCGGCCCAUACGCCACGGGAUCACUCUCGAGGACGGUGCCGUAGCUCCACGCGGAUGUAUCUACCGCAUGAGCGAAGAGGAGCUUCAAGUGCUUCGGGCACAACUAGACGACCUCUUGGCCAAGGGCUGGAUUCGCCCUAGCUGUUCGACAUACGGUGCUCCCGUUCUCUUCGUCCGAAAGAAGAACAAGGACCUUCGUUUGUGCAUCAACUAUCGGAAACUUAACGCGCAAACAAUCAAGAACGCCGACCCUCUCCCUCGGAUCGAUGACCUUUUCGAGCGACUAGGCGGCGCCAAGUACUUCUCGAAGCUUGACCUCCAGUCCGGAUAUCACCAGAUCGAGAUCCAACCAAGAGAUUGGUACAAAACCACAUUCAAGACGCGGUAUGGGCACUUUGAGUGGAUCGUCAUGCCUUUCGGUCUCACCAAUGCCCCGGCUACUUUCCAAGCGGCGAUGACGACGAAAUUCCGCAACCUGCUCGACCUCACCGUACUCAUUUACCUUGAUGAUCGCUUGGUUUAUAGCCGGACGCUGGACGAGCACCUCGAGCACCUUCGCGCCAUUUUGGAGCGGCUCCGUAUCACCAAGUACAAAGCAAACCGCGACAAGUGCGAGUUUGCCCAGCAAGAGCUGGAGUACUUAGGCCAUUACGUUACGUCACAAGGCAUCCGUCCGCUCGCGGACAAAGUACAACCCAUUCAAGAUUGGUCGGACCUCAAGUGUACUACCGACGUCCGCUCCUUUCUUGGCUUAGCAUCAUAUUACAUGCUGUUUGUCAAAGGGUUUCAACGGAUUGCUGCACCAUUGUCGCGACUUCAGUCCCCCUUGGUGCCCUUCGAGUUCAAUGACGAAGCCCGACACGCGUUCCAUAUGCUGAAGACGACCUUGCUCCAAGCUCCCGUCUUCAGCAUCUAUGACCCGACCUUGCCUACCAAAGUGACUAUGGACGCUUUCGGCUACGGCACUGGCUCGCUGCGUGUCGUCCUUGAAGGCUCCGACGUCGAUCUCCAAUGCAUUGAGGCGAUCGGAGGUGUUGUAGGAGCUGGCAUCGGGGGCGGCGACGGGUCGUUGCUCCAACUGCUGGAGGCGGCUGUUGACUUGGUUAAAGACCUGAUUGUGCAUCUGAACCGCGUCGUCGAGGUUGUGGAUUUCCCCCUGCUGUGCAAUGCACGUGGCCAGGAGUGGCUGGAGGCCACGGACACUGUCUACGGCAUGUCUGGACACGAGACCGGGGUUCCUAGACGAGACUUUAGGCAGUAUGCAGGACGGGGGCAGGUUGAAGGGAAUAAAAUAGUGCCAAAUGCCUUGCACAGCCAGGAGGAACUAGGGACUGAACCAAGCUCUGUGCACAGGCUGGGGCCUUCAGCAAGGAACACUGUGGUAGAAGCGAAGCCAGAAGAUUCUAUGAUAGUCGCUGACUCUGCAAAUGGGCUUGGAAAUUCUGAUGCUAAAGCUAGUGCAGGGACAAGGAUGCAGACAAGGGCAGAUUAUGUGGGCGCCCAAGAUUAUGUAACACACACGCAGAUGAUGCAACCCUUUGAGUCUAGUCCUUCAACGGAUGAUAGAAAUGCACCAAGCCCGGCAUCCCAACCUUUGCACUGCGUUGAAUCAGCUUCUGUGAGUACCUUGGACCGGCCAGAUCACAGAAGAGCAGCACAAGGCUCUAGGGUUGACUUGCUGGCACAAGGUCCAAGACAAUAUGAAUCGAGGACGGGACAACGGGAUACUGGGCAUUCAGUAUAUGGGUCUAGGCCAGAGCCAAGGACUGCUUUAUCAACUGGGUUGUCAAGGCUUUCUCAUAGACCAGAAACUGGGACAUUGAUCAAGCCCACGCCGGAGCCUGUGAUUACAACGAGCUAUCCAGAUGAGCAGCCAACAACACCAGGUGUCACUGGGCCUGGGACUCCAUCAAGGCCACUGGGACGAUCCCAACAUAUUCGGAGAGAGAGCAGUGACUACAUGAGCUUGCGCAAUGCCUCUACCCCUCUUUGAAGAGCAAUCCAAACACAUAACUUAACAAACAGCCAUAAGUUGA